GCUGUACAGCUGCCGCCCGACGGACUACGAGAUCGGUCCCGCCGUCGGGUUCGGCGCCGCCGCCGUCGUCCACCUCGCGUCCUUCUGCCCUGCAGGCGUCACGCCUCGGCCCAAGCCGCUCACGUGUGCCGUCAAGAUCAUCGACGUCGACCGCAUGGCCACCGACGCCGACAUCCAGCGCUUGCGCAUGGAGACGCAGCUCAUGGCGCUCAGCAAGCACCCAAACGUCUUACGAGUCCGAGGCGAGUGGAUCGAGGGCCACAAGCUCUGCAUCGCCGUCCGGUACAUGUCUCACGGUUCUCUCCUCGACAUCUCGCGCUACGCCUUCCCCGACGGCUUCCCCGAGGACGUCAUCGCCGCGGCGCUCGUCCAGGCGCUUUACGGCCUCGUGUACCUGCACCAGAACGGCUGGAUCCACCGCGACGUCAAGGCCGGCAAUCUUCUCGUCGACGACGAUGGCACGGUCCUCCUCGCCGACUUUGGCGUCUCGGCGUCGCUCUUUAUCGACCCGGCGGCGUCGAUCGGCAAGGCUGAGGGGCAGCAGCCGCAGCAGCAGCAGCCGCGCAAGAGCUUUGUCGGCACGCCGUGCUGGAUGGCGCCCGAGGUGGUCGAGCGGCGGUCGUACGACUCGAAGGCCGACAUCUGGUCGUUCGGCAUCACGGCGCUCGAGCUCGCGUCGGGCCGGGCGCCCAACUCGCUGUACCCGCCGGCCAAGGCGCUGAGCAAGACCAUCAUGGACGACCCGCCGACGCUCGACCGCGAGGGCGGCAAGUUUCAGUACUCGCGCGCGAUGAAGGACAUGAUCGACGCCUGUCUGCAGAAGGACCCGGCCAAGCGGCCGACGGCCGACAAGCUUUUGCAGCACCCGUUCUUCCGAGGCGCCAAGAAGAAGCACUUUCUCGUGUCGUCGUUGCUCGAGGAGCUGCCGCCGCUCCAGGACCGCCAGCACCGUCGUCGCAAAGCAUCGCUCGCCGGCAUCGACACGGUCGGCUCGUUCUGG